AUACAGGGGUUGAGGAAGAGUGAUAACAACUCCAUCCAGUAAAACAAAAAGUCAUUUCUUCAGAAGCAGCUGUUUACUUCUAAGUCCUGUUUGUCCUGCUUGCUGCUUCGACUGUCAGAAGAGAGUUCUCACCGUGUGGUUCUUGUUUUAACAUAAUUCCCUGUCAGUGACCAUGCACACGUGCUUUGGGAAAGCAUGAACACACAUAAAGCACUGCUGGUUCACCCCAGAACUUAACUUUCAGUAAGAAUCUGACACACAGAUACAGGGGUGGGUGUUGUGACUGAAGAGAUUCAGGGAAACCGUAUAGUAAGGGUUUAUUCAGGAUCUGUUAUUUUAAGUUUUUAAGACUUAUUAUCUUCCCAGAAGUUCUCUCAACCACCAUCAGAAAAGCAGAACCCAGAAGCAUUUCACCUCACUGCUUUGUGGUUCCCUAGCUGUGUAAUUCUGUUGGCCAUAUUCAGAUUUUUUCCUUGUCACUUCUGUCAUUGAAUGAUAAGUAAGCAAAGUAAUGCUUGAAUUUUUAAAUAAACUGGUUUUCUGUAUAACUUUUCUCAAGCAUUCUCAGAGCACUUUUCAAAGAAAUUCCAGUUCCUGGAAAAUCAUGAUUUCCUAGAGAACCAGGAGCUUGCCUCAUUGCCUCUUCUGAAGUAUUUACAGGCAUCAUGUCGGCCCAGAGAAGGAACAGACUCACAACUUUUCUGGCAGCUAAGGUGUCAGUUGAUUUUGAUCUUGGAUAAAGGGCAGAGUUUUAUCCUUAAAGGAAAGGUUUGUGGAGGGUGAAAAACUGGGAGGAAUAGGCCUGCAGAGUCCUGGCAGUUGUGGUGCAAACAUAGUUUAUAUACUGAAGCUUAAGAUGGAUGCUCUAGAAUGGUGUGGAAGAGAUUAAUAAAAUGGCCAGGUCAGAAUUUCUCUUCUUUGUGGAUCGCAACUGACCAUGUUUGUCUCCCUUUUUGUUUAACUUUGAUUGCUUGAAAAGUUUGAAGAAUGAGAGAAGUUCUUGAUAAGGUCAGCAGUAGUUCUCAGUAAAGGACAGCUGUGUUUUCUCUGCUGGCCAGUUGUGAUCUUAAACAUACUUGGAGGAAUUAAGUGUGUAAGCAAGCCUUAAUUCAUUGUUAUAGGUGAAUGUUAAUUAAACUCCAGGAUAUGUAAUUAGAGGAAGUUUCAGACUAGGGAGACUAUCUAGCUCUUUUUGAGUGUAUGCAACAACUGUAAAAAGACACCUAUGGACAGAUGUACAGCCAGAAUGCAAUUAGUAUCCCAGAUUAUGAGAAACUGUGUCAAAGCUUUCUGUCAUUUUACAUGAAUUUGAUAUGCUUUGGUAUCUGCAAUCUUUUCCAUUUAACCCUCAUAGAAACUUGCUUUGUGAUUUUGAUACUAUGCAUGCAUCUGUUUUUGUAUUAAGGACUUCUUAAGUUAGACAAAGGGCCCAAAACCAUUAAGUUAACUGUGUAAACAAAUUUCCAAACCUUCUAUAUUUAUUUGAAGCUGUUUCAUGAAAUGUCAGUGUCUGUUUAUCUGUGUCUGUUUAUUUAAAAUUUAUCCUUGAAAAAUUUUCCUGAGUUGCCUUCUCAGUGUCCACAAUGACUUCCAAGGAGCCAGUGUUGUUGAAUACCUAAGUCUUACAGAUGCUUAUUACUUUAUACUUUAUUAUUUUCAAGAAGAUUCCUCAGAUAAAUAGUGCAGCUCUUAGGGAAGGUCAAGAUUUAAGAGAAAUUACAAGUGUCUCAUGUUGUUUUUAUGCAUAUCCAUGUAUUUUGCAGUCUCAGUGAGGAUAGGAGGGAGUGUAAGAGAGGGAACAGGAAGAAAGUCACUGCAAUUUGGGCCCAGAAUAAAAUGGCCAGGCUACCAUCUGUGGAGUUUAUGAAUUACUGUAGUUCUUGGUGUAAUAAUUUAACUGUACACUCGGACUGGAACACUGUUCUGUGAUGUAUAAUCUCUGAAAACAUUACUUGAGAAGUGAAAUAACACUUCUUUACAUGGCAGAUGUGAACAAGACUGUUACACUGUGUAAGAAUGUUUAAGACUGCUACUAGAGCUUAAAGUGAUGACUUUCUGCUUAUUUUACAGAUUUGCUUCUAAUCAAAUACAUGGCCAUGGGGGAUAUGAAGACCCCAGAUUUUGAUGACCUUCUUGCAGCCUUUGACAUACCAGACAUGGUAGAUCCCAAAGCAGCUAUUGAAUCUGGACAUGAUGACCACGAAAGCCACAUAAAACAAAAUGCUCACGCAGAUGAAGACUCCCAUGUCCCAUCAUCAUCUGAUGUUGGGGUGAGCGUCAUUGUGAAAAAUGUGCGUACUAUUGAUUCUUCCGAAGGUCUGGACAAGGAUGGCCACCAUUCCACAGGCAAUAGUUUGCACAAUGGCUUCCUAACAUCAGCAGCUCUUGAGAGUUACAGUAAAGAUGAAGGGAAAUCACUUAAAGAUGAUGGGUCAGCUUCUGAGACUACACUGAAGGAUUCAGCUUUCAACCAGUUCAGCCCAAUAUCAAGUGCAGAAGAAUUUGAUGAUGAUGAGAGAAUUGAGGUGGAUGACCCCCCGGAUAAAGAGGAGAUGCGUGCAAAUUUCAGAGCAAAUGUCUUGGCAGGAUCUCUAUCUCAGCAGGAAUAUGACAAACUAAAGGCACUUGGAGGGGAGAAUUUAAUUAAAUCUGGAAUCACUGUUUCAAGUAGUAUAGAUAAAAAUAAAACUGCUAAACGAGAGACAGAGACAAACUCCAUGAAUUUAGGUGUCUAUGAGCCUUUUAAAACUAGAAAAACAGAGGACAAGUUACUAAAAGACAAUUCUGAGAAGCUUCUUGAAAACAGGGUACUUGAUGGAAAACUGAGUACUGAAAAAUGUGACACAAAUCUUUCCAGCAUUUCCCAGUCCAAAGCAAAGUCAUCAGCAAAGCUUUCGUCCUGUAUUGCUGCAAUUGCAGCACUGAGUGCUAAAAAGGCAGCUACAGAUAGCAGUAAAGAUUUACAGUCUAAUUCAGGAGAGUCUUCUCCAUUACCAAAAGACAUGAGUGAAAGUCCCCGGGCUAUUGAAAAAUCUCCCGAGUCUCAGAGUCUCAUUGAUGGUGCUAAGAAGCCGUCUGUCAAACCGCCCGAUAGUCCCAGAAGCGUCUCAAGCGAGAACAGUAGCAAAGGGUCUCCGUCUUCUCCUGCAGGGUCAACACCAGCAAUUCCUAAGGUUCGCAUAAAAACCAUCAAGACUUCUUCUGGGGAGAUCAAGAGAACUGUUACUAGAGUGUUGCCAGAAGUUGAUUUGGACUCUGGUAAAAAGCCAGAGCAGAGUGCUUCCAUGGUAACGUCCAUGACAUCUCUCCUGUCCUCACCAACUUCUGCUGCUGUUCUCUCCUCUCCUCCCAGAGCUCCUCUGCAGUCCUCAGUUGUCACCAAUGCAGUUGGAUCUGCAGAACUUGCCCCCAAACAGGUCACUAUCAAGCCCGUGGCAACUGCCUUCCUGCCCGUUUCAGCAGUGAAAACAGCAGGUUCCCAAGUGAUCAAUCUGAAGCUGGCUAACAACACCACAGUGAAAGCCACCGUCAUCUCUGCUGCAUCCGUGCAGAGCGCCAGCAGCGCCAUUAUCAAAGCUGCCAACGCCAUCCAGCAGCAGACGGUCGUGGUGCCAGCAUCGAGCCUUGCCAGUGCCAAACUUGUGCCAAAGACAGUCCAUCUUGCCAACCUUAACCUUUUGCCUCAGGGUGCUCAAACCACCUCUGAACUGCGCCAAGUGCUAACAAAACCCCAGCAGCAAAUCAAGCAGGCAAUAAUUUCUGCAGCUGCCUCCCAGCCUUCGAAAAAAGUGUCUCGAGUGCAGGUGGUGUCCUCUCUACAGAGCUCUGUAGUUGAAGCAUUCAAUAAGGUGCUGAGCAGUGUCAAUCCCGUACCAGUUUACAUCCCAAACCUUAGCCCCCCUGCCAAUGCCGGAAUCACGCUACCAACACGAGGUUACAAGUGUUUGGAGUGUGGCGACUCCUUUGCUCUUGAGAAGAGCCUGACCCAGCAUUAUGACAGGAGGAGUGUGCGAAUUGAAGUGACUUGUAAUCAUUGUACAAAGAAUUUAGUUUUCUACAAUAAAUGUAGUCUCCUGUCCCACGCUCGUGGGCACAAGGAGAAAGGCGUCGUGAUGCAGUGUUCCCACCUGAUCCUAAAACCAGUCCCAGCAGAUCAAAUGAUAGCAUCUCCUUCCAGCAGUACUGCUGCGGCCGUGCUCCAGAGCCCAGGGGGAGCUGGCACGCACUCCGUAACAAAGAUCCAGACUGGCUUAACUGGGACAGUGAUCUCGGCCCCUGCGAGCUCUCCUGUCAUUCCAGCUAUGCCGCUAGAUGAAGAUCCAUCGAGACUCUGUAGACAUAGUCUAAAGUGUUUGGAGUGCAAUGAAGUUUUCCAAGAUGAGACAUCUCUUGCAACUCAUUUCCAGCAGGCCGCAGACACAAGUGGACAAAAGACAUGCAAUAUCUGCCAGAUGCUGCUUCCUAACCAGUGCAGUUUUGCAUCACACCAGAGAAUUCAUCAGCAUAAAUCUCCAUACACGUGUCCUGAAUGUGGAGCAAUCUGCAGAUCUGUCCACUUCCAGACCCACGUCACUAAGAACUGCCUGCAUUAUACCCGAAGAGUUGGGUUUCGCUGCGUGCACUGCAAUGUUGUGUACUCUGACGUGGCGGCACUCAAGUCUCAUAUUCAAGGUUGUCACUGUGAAGUCUUUUACAAGUGUCCUAUCUGUCCCAUGGCAUUUAAAUCUGCUCCCAGCACACACUCCCAUGCCUACACACAACACCCGGGUAUCAAGAUAGGCGAACCAAAAAUAAUAUAUAAAUGCUCUAUGUGUGACACUGUGUUUACUCUACAACCUUUGCUCUAUCGCCACUUUGAUCAGCACAUUGAAAAUCAGAAGGUGUCUGUUUUCAAGUGUCCAGACUGUUCUCUUCUAUAUGCACAGAAGCAGCUUAUGAUGGAUCAUAUCAAGUCUAUGCAUGGAACUUUGAAAAGUGUCGAGGGGCCACCAAACCUGGGGAUAAAUCUGCCUCUCAGUACUAAACCCACAAUUCAAAACUCAGCCAGUCACAACAAGGAGGACACAAAAUCUGUCAAUGGAACAGAAAAGUUGGAGAAGAAAUCGCCUUCUCCCAUAAAGAAAGCAGAACCUAAAAAAGUCGCUAGUCCUGGCUGGACAUGCUGGGAGUGUGACAGACUCUUCACUCAGAGAGACGUUUACAUCUCCCACAUGAGGAAAGAACAUGGAAAGCAAAUGAAGAAACAUCCUUGUCGGCAAUGUGACAAAUCGUUCAGUUCAUCCCAUAGUUUAUGUCGGCACAAUCGUAUCAAGCACAAAGGCAUUAGGAAGGUUUAUACGUGCUCGCACUGCCCAGAUUCAAGACGUACUUUUACCAAGAGGCUGAUGUUGGAAAAACAUAUUCAGUUGAUGCACGGCAUUAAAGACCCUGAUGUGAAAGAAAUGGCUGAAUCUACCAAUAUGGAAGAAAGGGAAGUAAAAGAAGACACAAAGGUUCCUAGUCCAAAGCGUAAAUUGGAAGAACCUGUAAUGGAGAUUAGACCUCCACGAGGUGCAAUCACUCAGCCAUUAAAGAAGCUGAAGAUAAAUGUUUUUAAAGUUCACAAGUGUGCAGUUUGUGGCUUUACAACAGAAAAUCUUCUCCAGUUUCAUGAACAUAUUCCCCAGCAUAAAUCUGAUGGCUCUUCAUACCAGUGCAGGGAAUGUGGACUCUGCUACACAUCUCAUGUGUCCCUUUCCAGACACCUCUUCAUUGUACAUAAGCUGAAGGAGCCUCAGCCAGUAUCAAAACAGAAUGGGUCUGGGGAGGAUAAUCAGCAAGAAAACAAACCCAAUCAUGAGGAUGACUUGUCCGACAGUGUGGCAUCGGACAGAAGAUGCAAAGUGUGCGCAAAGACUUUCGAAACUGAAGCGGCCUUAAACACUCACAUGAGAACACAUGGCAUGGCUUUCAUCAAGUCCAAAAGAAUGAGUUCAGCUGACAAGUGAUCAGAUUGUUUGGGAUGCAGAAAUCUCACUCCACAUUGGAAUACUAAUGACAUUUUUGCUACAGAAAGUUCAAGGUAUAAUAGUGUUAACAGUACUGUUCAGGCUGUUGCAAUAUAUUCUGCAUAAAAGUAUCCCCUUCACCUCAUUGUCUAUACCCUCAGAACCAUUGAAGCAGUAUUUGAGUUGAAAAGAGUUUGUAUAUAUUUAAACUAAUAAUUUUUAUACUCUUUUGUUAUGUGUUUGUAUCAGUAUCUAGUGGAAAAAUUGGGGUUUUUUUUCUGUUUUGGUUCUGUUCCUUUGUAGUAAGUUUCUUUAAAACAGAGUUCUGAAUGCUGGGGCAGUUUCUUAGGUUCUCUUAAACAGUUUGGUUUUUGAAUGCUUCUCAAAGAAACUUUAGCUAAUGGAAGAGCAUCAGGAGGAGGUGCUAGGAGGGGAGAGGAGGGAGGAGGCAAGCUAAGGGGGGAUUAUAAAUUCUAAAGAACUUGGGCUUCCAUAUGUCUAAGGAAGCUUUUAAACUUUUUCUUACAAAAUAUAUUAUAAAAUAAAAAUUAAAGUACCACUGCAUGUGUAAAAUUAAGUGCUGUUUUUUUGGUGGCAAUAGCAAAACUGGUGCAGACCCCCUGGAGUGGGAAAGUACUUGACGAGUAUAAAUGCACAACUCUGAGUAUCAUGAAGUGAUUUUUUAGGUCAUCAGGUGCUUGUGAUCAAAGCUCAAAUUGUUACAAAAGGGCUGGGCUGCUCUAGAUUUAAGAAAUAAGAUGUAAUUAGAGGAAUAGGUUUAUAAUGAUGAUGAUUUUUGUCAUGUAAUUUAUUAAACAUAUAGAAGUGAGUACACAGCAUUAUGUAUUUUCCUUCCUGGUUAUUGAAAGGAAAUAGUUGACCCUUGCUACAGGGGUUGGGAUUUGCCAGCUCCACAUGAUCAUGCCAAACGUUCUGGUGCUCAGUGUCACACACAGCCACAACUGGGAAGGAGCCAGCCCCAGCCAGGACUGGGACUGGGGCUUGCAGCUUUAGCCUAGGCCGUGCAGAGCUCGGCCAGACAUUGCAAACUCCUGUCCAGCACCACUAGUUUUGCUUGCACAAGUACAAAAAGGUACCAUACUGUCCCUUUCAAAUAGAGUUCUCUGUGAGAGUAUAUUUUUAGUUUGUUUUUGCAUUUUAUACCUUGUAUGUAACCCUACAAAAAUUUUUGUACUUUUUUUUAAAACAAAUUGUGUAUAUAUAGAUAGCUGCAUGAUAAACAGUAGUAAUUGUUGGGUUCCUUAUAAGUCUUGCUGCUGUCAGGUGUUACUAUACACUAUGUCCAUUACGACUGUAUUAAACACAUUUCAUAUGUAAAUAAAUGUGGAGCAUUUUGCCCCAAAA